AAAACACAUGCAGCAAAUUUUAUCAAUUGAUGAUUAAAAAAGAAGUGAAGGAUUUUGAUGGCGUCAUUUAAUCAAGCUCAGAAAACAAGUGAUGAAAAUGAAAAUGAUGUCUUAAAUGAAUCCAUUGGCAAUCACACAAUGCAAAAUUCAAAAGACCAAUUGGAUGAUUUUUGUGGAUUUGAUGAUACGGAGCAAAAGGAUAAGGCAGAAGAUUCGUUAAAUGAAUCCAUUGGCAAUCACGUGCAGCAAACUUCGACAGAACAAUUGGAUGAUUUUUGUGGGUUUGCUGAUACAGAGGGCAAGAAUGAGGCAACUACUGACAAGAACAUUUGCACUACACCUCGUAAGAACAAUGAGAUAUCAAACCGACAUGAUAACGAAAACGAGGAAGCAUCCGGGGCAGAAUUAAGGGUAGCAGAAAAUAUGGAAACUUCUACAGGAAAUCGUUUACCUGUAACGCCAACAAUGACCACACCAACUAAUGCUAUAAUGCCAUCAGCGCCACGAGCCCGUCGUAUCCGUCGAUUCUUUGUGCGGCAAAAUAAUCCAGCAUCGAUCAUUUUCAUACUUCGUUUCUAUUAUAUAUAAGAGGUGCGUGUGUGUCUGUUUUAUGAAAUAUUGACAAUAAUAUAAAUUAUCGCAUUGAAUUAAUUAAAUCGAAUCCGUAAAAAGUCUAUUUCGAGUUAUCUUAAAAUCUUCGUUAUGUUGCUCUUGUUUAAAUAAAUAUUAUCUGAGUUAAUUUUACUUAUAUUCAUUUAAGUAAAUGACAAAAGUCGCUCUUAAUUGAGAGAAAUCAGCUCACAAAUAGUAAAAAAAAGUAAUGCGAACUUUAUGAAUUAUUUUGUUUAAAUUUGUGAAAAAAAAAUGAAAAAAAGCAAUGUAGUGUAUAUAAAUCUGGAUUUAUAAAGAAGACUUGACACACUUGGCGCAGAUAUGGAAAACAUUACAAAUUUCUUGAAAAUUGUGGAAAAAAAUUGUAAUGAAAAUCAUUUUUAAUAAAAACAUGUAUGUGUUUAAAAAUCUUCUUUGCGCAUCCCACUAGUUUUUCAAAAUUUUUUUUUUAUGCAUUUUUUACUCUCGAAAUGUUACAAUUUUUACAAGAUAUUGCCCCAAAUUAGCCAUUCUCUGCAGGGAGACAAAAAUUUCAUCAUAAAAAUCUACGCCGCCAGACCAACUUGCUUUACUUUACCAUAUGUUUACAACUAGAGCUUAAAGCAAUAGCAGCUCCCUUAGCUUUCUUAAAAUGUACUUUACAA